AUGGCUCCCACAGUACACUCCGCCAAAUUGACACUCUCAUGUCCGCUCUUCGCUGCGGAAUUUGACCCGCGCAACAACGGUCGACUGCUAGUCGGCGGCGGAGGUGGCGAAGGGCGCAGCGGAUCUCUGAUUGACACAUCUCGCCGUGACAAGAUUACUGAGACCGUUGAUUUAAAGCUAUCGCGCGAUGAAGAUUCAGUAACAUCCCUGGCUGCGGCCCCGCUGGCUGGCGACGAGGUGGACUCGCUUGUUGCUCUGGCCGGUAUAAAUAGCUCUGUAGAGCAACAGAAAAAGAAUAACAAUCAACAUCUUCGCGCAUUCCGGUUUGAGGUGCCGCGGAAGACCACCGCUGCUACUGCUUCGAAGAUACAAAGCGCGGAAGGCAGCGCGAAGGACGAGAAGGCGAAAAAAGGCACCAAGUCCGAGGAAGUGGUUAUGCCCGGGAAGGCUACAGCUUUAUCGCAAGCAUCACUCUUCCGAACGAAGAGCAGGCCAGGCGCUUCAGAUACAUACCAGCGAGUGACGAGACUUUCGCCGUGGCCGAAAGGGCAGGAUAGCAAUGAGAAGCACACGCGGAUCGGAGCCGUUGCGACGGGACUCGCACCAUCCGGCGAGAUUGUGUUCUUCCGCGUCACAGAGACUCCCGGCGAGAAGGAUAUCAUUGGCCGCAUCCAAUUAAGUGGUAAUGAAGAGGCCGAGGAUCUGGACUUUGUCAGCCUCGAACACGACUUAGAAAAGACCGACGAUGCACGCGGCCGGUUCCUUGUGGCAUAUACCAACGGCCCAGACGUCAUGGUAGGCGAGAUAUCGUCCUCUAACCGCUCCAACAGCUCCCCCGAGGUCCGCUCUGUUUAUACCAUUCCUCUGCCCGCUAGCGGAGCCCGCACGGCACGGCCUAAGUUCCGCGCACUGCGAUUCCUCUCGCCUAGAGUCCUGCUUCUCCUCCAAAACGCCCCAAACCGCAGCGGCAGCUCACUCGUCCUCCUUCAAAUCCCCAGCGGCAAAUCGGGCAAGUCCAAAAUUCUACGACAUCGCAAGCUCCCCGGAACCGUGAAGAUCGGCCUAGGACUCGAUAUCUGCCAACUCGGAACAAAUCCGCAAGGUCAACAACAAACCGUGAUAGCAGUCAGCGGCAGUGACAACUCCAUCCCUCUAUUUACCCUGGAUUAUGGACCAAACCGCGGCUACAGCAACUUCCGCCCCUACACUACCCUCCGCGAUGUGCAUCCUUUCUCAAUGACAAAACUCACCUUCUCAACCUUCAUCGCGCCCCCAAACCCAGUAACCUCAGACGUCGGCCCACAGAACAUAAAGCUCGCCUCUGUUAGCAUGGGCAACACAGUUGUUGUACACACAUUCCCACUAUCCCCCUUCCCAGCAUCCUCCCGCACCCCACGCUACGUCCUCGUCACCCCGGGCCCCGCCGAGAUCUGGGAACUAGUCUACAGCAUCAUCGUCCUACUAUUCUCCAUAUCCGCAAUCUGUCUCGCAAUGCUUGCCUUCUCCGAAAUCCGCGGCGGAACCCCGCCUGUCCUUGGCGCCAAAGAGUGGCUCCCAGAUAGUAUCCGCGGAGCUAUUGCACGGGAAUACGUCCUCCCCCCACGGGAUAAGCUGACGUAUUUCGAUACACUUCUUGCACCCCAUGAAAGCGGCAGUGAUACCGAUAUCCCAGUGGCGACCAUUACACCCACAGACUCGCAGAUCGAAUCCCUCCGCGAAAUCCUGGACCGCGUACACCGCGCCGGCGCCGCACCAGCUGAUCUGGAACCUGUCGCGCCGCAGUCCGUCUCUGUCAUCGUGCGGUGCGGUGAAGGACAAAACGCCGAGCAGAGCGUGAUUGUUGAGACUGCUGCGUCUGUGUCUGCAAAUGAUUCUGAGCAGUCCGAGGAGGAGAAAUUGAAAGCUUGGAAGGAUCUUUCUGCAUCUGAGCAGAGUGUUUGGAAGCAGAGGCUUGUAGAUGCGGGACGUUGGACGGCUUCUGAGGGGGAGAGUGUUCUUAUUGGGAUUUUGUUUAGUGAGGCUUGUGGGGGAUUGGGGAGGGCUGUGAGAGAGGAGUUGCCUUGA